UGGCAGCGCCAAUUGCUCCACGCUCCACGCUCCAUGCUCCAACGCGACGUCAGCGCCGCCGACGCGUCAGCUCUUGGAUAUGGAUGUAAAUGUCGGCCAGUUGAGCAUUGGCUGUUAGUCAUUUGAGUUCGUUCGGUUGGUGAACAGCAAGAACGUGAUAGACGCAGUGAGCACACAAAAUAAUAAACACUACAAUAAAAAUUCAUAAUAUUUUAGUGAUAGUUCCAAAACAUCAAAAGAAAUCUCCAAUGCGAAAAAGCGUGUCGGCAACUUAUCAAUAAAUAUAGACCACCGAUAACACCGAUUAAUACGAGUACAAUGUGUCUCUCCACACCCACGCCGAGCAAACCCAACGGCGCCUCUGUCGCCGGACAGAGCAACGGCACCUGUUGUCUCUCACCUGAAGCUGUGUGCAGUAGCGCCAGUUCCUCAACCGAUGCUCAGCUGAAGUACAGAGGCCAAGCCAGAGACGAUACACAGACCAAAGAUCAAGCUGGAGUCGAUGACAAUUUGGGUUACAAAGAGGAGAAUGCCGUAUAUAAAGAGCUGAUCGCCAAGGAAUCGGAACAGCAGGAACAGGAUAAGGAAGAGGAAUACAAUCCUCAGAUUAGAUGGCCCGAUCUGUGUGCCCAAACAUUUUUGCACGCUGGCGCCCUCUAUGGCAUCUAUUUGCUGUUCUACGCAAAGCUCUACACAUUCCUCUGGGCUGCUGUGUGUAUUUGGGUAUCGGGAAUCGGAAUAACGGCUGGUGCUCAUCGAUUAUGGUCACACAAAUCCUACAAUGCAUCGCUACCGCUGCGUAUCCUCUUGGCCUUCAUGUUCACCAUUGCUGGUCAGCGCGAUGCGUACACCUGGGCCUUGGAUCACAGAAUACAUCACAAGUUUUCGGAGACGGAUGCGGAUCCGCAUAAUGUGAACCGAGGCUUCUUCUUUGCCCAUGUUGGAUGGCUUUUCCUGACCCCUCAUCCCAAGGUUAUUGAAAAGCGCAAGAUCAUCGAUAUGUCCGAUCUGGAGGCGGAUGCUGUUGUCAUGUUUCAACGCAAAUAUUAUAUACCACUUUUUGCCCUCUGCUCGAUCAUAUUGCCCGUUGUGGUGCCCUGGUACUUUUGGCAGGAGGAUCUCUGGAUGUCCUUCUGGAUCAACUUCAACAUGCGCUUCACCUGGACUCUCAAUGUGGCAUUCUUUGUGAACAGCGUGGCGCACAUGUGGGGCAACAAACCCUAUGACAAAAAGAUUUCGUCCGUGGAGGUGCCACUUGUAUCCCUUCUGGCCAUGGGCGAGGGAUGGCACAACUAUCAUCAUGUGUUCCCCUGGGAUUAUAAGACGGGCGAGUUUGGAAACUACACACUGAAUGUGACCACCGCAUUCAUUGACUUUUGUGCCCGUAUCGGAUUGGCCAGUGGACGCAAAUCAGUUUCUCCUGAUAUGGUUAAGCGUCGCGCAGACAAGUGUGGAGAUGGCACGCGAUUCCUGAGCGAUGAGUAUGCACAUAAGAAUCAGGUCUGGGGCUUUGGGGAUUGCGAUUUGCCGCGCGAUGAUAUUGUUGAGUUGGCCAAGAUGCAGAAUUGAGAUGAAUCGAGUAUUAGCCAAUAAAAUACCUGUGUUUUGCUUAGAUCUAAGAUAUAUUUACUCGACCAAAAAACAACAAAACAACCCAAAAUCCACAAGCAACCCUGCACAGACACAUGUUCGCCCAUGUUGUUGCUAUUGUUACUUACCCAAGGGCAUUAAACUAAAUAUUGUAUUUCUCAGCCUAAAGCA